AACCGUGACAGAAUGGUGGACUGUAUGAACAAAGUCAUGCUGCACGCGGUCGUCUCAUGCUGGCAGCCAUUCCUUGGACUGGUACUGGUGGCUGCCUUUGUGGGCUCUUCUCUAGGAUGUCCCUCACGCUGCGAGUGCUCGGCUCAGACCAAGGCCGUCGUCUGCCACCGCAAGCGAAUGCCCACCAUCCCAGAUGGCAUCCCGACCGAGACCAGGAUCCUGGACCUGAGUAAAAACAAGCUGACAAUGAUCAACCCUGAUGACUUUAUUAACUUCCCUGGGCUGGAGGAACUGGACCUCAGUGGGAAUCUGAUCAGCUACGUCGAGCCUGGAGCUUUUAACGCCUUGUUUAACAUGCACUCUCUCAGUCUGAAGAGCAACCGAAUCAAGCUCAUCCCUCUGGGGGUUUUCACAGCCCUGACCAAUCUAACCCAACUGGAUAUAAGUGACAACAAGAUCGUCAUUCUUUUGGAUUAUAUGUUCCAGGAUUUACAUAAUCUGAGGUCUUUGGAAGUGGGAGACAACGACCUGGUUUAUAUUUCUCACCGUGCGUUCAGUGGACUCCUGAGCCUGGAGGAAUUGACCUUAGAACGAUGCAACCUUACAGUUGUACCCACCGAGGCGCUCUCUCACCUGCACAACCUGGUCAGCCUUCAUCUCCGUUACCUCAGCAUUAGCACUUUGCAUCCGUAUUCCUUCAAAAAGCUGUUCCGGCUGCGGCAUUUAGAAAUCGAUAACUGGCCUUCACUGGACCACAUGCCAGUGAAUACCCUCCAUGGCCUGAACCUGACCACAUUGUUCAUAACCAACACCAACCUAUCCUCCUUCCCUUACCAAGCCCUGAAGCACCUGCCCUACCUGACCCACCUCAACCUGUCCUUCAACCGGAUCCGCCACAUCGAAGGAGGGAUGCUGAUGGAGCUGGUUCGGUUGCGAGAGUUGCAUCUAGUGGGAGCUCAGCUGACCACCAUCGAUCCUUACGCCUUUCAAGGCCUACGGGGUCUCAAGGUGCUCAACGUCUCCCACAACCGCCUGGACACCCUGGAAAAGGGCGUGUUCCAGUCGCCCGAGGCUCUGGAGGUCCUUCUGAUCGACAACAACCCCUUGGUGUGUGACUGUCGUCUCAUGUGGAUCCUGCAGAAAAAGCACUCCAUUUUGUUUGGAGACUCGCAGCCUGAAUGCAGCACACCCGAGGGGAUCCGUGGUCGGCCUUUCAAGGAGUUCAAGGAGGCGCUCCUGUCUUAUUACGUAACGUGCACCAAGCCAAAAAUUCGCGAGAAUAAAACCCAAACAAUUACAGUGGAUGAGGGCCAGCAGGCGAUGCUGCGCUGCAGCGCCGAAGGGACGCCGAGGCCGAGCGUGUCGUGGCUGUCCCCACGUCGACGAGUACUGACGAGUCGGAACCACGGACGACUGAUGGUGCACAACAACGGCACAUUAGAGAUCAAGUCUGCAGAGAUACAAGACAGUGGCGUGUACCUCUGCCUGGCCUCCAACACUGCAGGAAAUGACACCCUGAUGGCUUCAUUAGCGGUGAAAAGUCUGGGGUCGCUGUACGCCAACAGGACCCAGCAUUACACAGACCCUAACAACGCCACUGCCAAUGAAACGGCCAACAUUUCCCUUGGUCUGGACCUGAAGACUAUUUUAGUGUCCACCGCUAUGGGCUGCUUCACCUUUCUGGGAGUGGUCUUGUUUUGCUUCCUGCUGCUUUUUGUGUGGAGCAGAGGAAAAGGAAAACAUAAAAACAACAUCGAUGUUGAAUAUGUACCUCGGUCAAAGUCCAACGGUACUAAUGUUGAUUCAGCAGAGGGACAGGCUGGUCCGCGCCGGUUUAACAUGAAAAUGAUGUAAGUUAAACAUACAUAUAUAAAAGAGACAGAAGAGGACUGGAUUGUGGACACAGUUGGAGUAUAAAGUAUUUUUUUGAAAAUGGAACGACAGAAUGAUAGUGGUUUUAGGCUAUCUAGCAUAAAGGGACAUUCUGUAAAUCACUGGAUUGACGCCGAGUUCAGCAGCGAAAAGCACAUUACACGUCUUACAUAACUGCCAGCUGGCAACUUCUCAGAAGAGGCAUGGAAACAGUUGUUGCCAUGAGGACCUAAAGGCAAAAGGUGUCAUGUAUUAACUUUUUGAAAUUUGUAUGUACAAAAAGAAGCCCUUAGUUUUGGGUUGACUACAGACUCAUCUACACAAUGUACAGUAUGAAUUUGUAUCUAAGCUAUUAACCUACUUUGUUUAGUCCUGCGCCAUGCUUAUUCACUGAACAACGAAAGAGACCCUGAGUUCUUCUGUUCAGGAUGUUUACUGAAUGCUUCAUUAUGUACCUGUGUGGAUAUUCAUUCAACAGAACUAUUCAUAGCAAUAUUCAUGGGAUACAUUAGCCAAAAUUGUAACCCCACAUGUUCAGCAAGAACGAGUUUCCAUUGAUUUAGGAAGGGCUUCUCCUCCACGGCUGAGUUUCUGUCCCUGUGCCCCGAUUGCCACCUGGAUAAUAUGAAACAUAUAGAAUUUACUAAUAAUAAAUAUUUGUGGAAAAUGUUGAUAAUUUUGCGAAAGCCAACGCUCUAACACUGUUCAGGACCUAACACAAACCUUUGAUCAUCCUGAAAACGGCCUAGUCCAGGUCACAAACCACCUUCUUGUCCUAGUUUUGUCUUUUUUUACUUUAACUGUAUCUUUGCUGGUUGGCUAACUACAUGUGUCAAUUUUACAAAAGUGACAUCUGCAUCAUUUUCCCCUGUAGAAAAUUUGGACUUUGUUGUGGUAGUUCUUCAUUUUGUUGUUGAAUCAUUUAGAUUGUAAAAACUACAAAAAGUAAAAGUUGAAAAAAUGUAUGUGAAAUAAAUGAAUAUGUAUUUGUACCUAUGUGUCAGAUUAUUCCUGCUAAUAUGCUGGAUUGAGUUCACUGUUUGUCGUUGCAUCAUAUAGAUAUCAGACACAGGAUGUGCAUCUUUACACAGAUUUCAGUCUCAGAUUCUCUAUUUUCCUUUGCAGGGUUACCUCACUGUUAAUGUAUAAAGUGCUAUAAAAUGAC